GGGACGGCAGUGGCCGUCCGGAAAUUUUAUCGCAAGGUCACACGCUCACCAUUUAUAUCCUUAUUUUGACAUAGGUCCACCUCCAUCGGUUGGCGUUGAUGAGUUGGCAAGCGCUCAGCCUCAAGACACUGCAGCGCCUAACCGUCCGGAUCCUGCUGCUCAAUCAUCCGCGCGAAAAGUGGUCAAAUGCCGCUUCUUCACAUCCCAGAAAGGUAGGUGAUGUCAGGUUCUUAUGCUUGUUAUCGUUAAUCUGCCUUUUUGUUUCUGCAUGUAAUUUGGUAUUUACUCGAUCCGAAUGGUUGAUUCUGAGUUGGUAUUUCAAUUACGCCGUUUGGCUUGUUACAUGGCUUGUGUAUUCAUGCGGGACUUUUUUCAUUGCAUCUCGGGCUGCCCGUAACCCAGUCUGUUGGACAUCGGUGAAGCUUCACAUUUGACCUUGCUGAUUAUACCCGCGUGAUUUUUUUCUUUCUGCCUUACCUUUUCAUUUCAUGUCCCAUGCUGACAUCUGUUGAGGAUGUCGUGCUGGCGAGGCCUGUCCCUAUCUCCAUGAUCCCCUUGAU